ACAACUAAUAUCUCAUCUGUCAAAAUAUAGAUGCCUUGAAACAUCAUUCGGUACCGGCUUCGCCGAUCAGUAUCUCGGCGCCUAUCUUUCCUUCGGACGGCGCGACCGCCGGUGUUGGAAUCUCCCUCUCGCGUUGCUAGGAGGCGGUAAAGAACGAGGACGCCCGAGGAACGGCAAGAUGGCAAGCAGGAACGAAGGAGUCGCGUGCUAAAAGGGACGAGGACGCGCAACGCAAACGUGAAACUCUGGAGACAGGCCUCCCUCCCGUAAGAAGCGGUGAUCGACGGUGUCGUGUCUCGGUGUCAUCGGAUCGCUCGAGUGCCCGGGAUUUUCCUUCGCUUCCGCAUCGCAGUUUCCGGUCCUUCUCUCCGCGUCCGUCGGCUUUUCGGUAUCGGAUAAAGCGCGCCGCCGCCGCGCCGGUCGAGACGAUGUGAGCGUAUAUACACACGCGAGGUGAAAGAGAGAGCGCGAGGGGAGGAGUGGGGUGGAUUCCGGCGGGAGAGAGGGGGAGGGAGAAGGGCGCUCCGGCUCGGCGAACGGAACGGCCGGCGGCAGCGGAUGCUCCAUCCUUUCUCGGCUCCGACGAGGCCGGCCCGAUCGACGUCAAACAUGCGGCGACGAAUUUUGCCCGCGAGCAGCUCGACGACGACGAAGACGACGAGGAAGUCGAAGAAAACGAAUCGACGACGGCGGGCCACGGCCGCCGCGCUCUGCCAGUGAAACAACUAUACGUACACAUAUACACAAAGGCACACACACAUACACAUACACGUGCCGUUGCCGAUGAGCGCGGAUAUAUGGCGGCGCGAGUACUCUUGCUGAGCGUCUUGAUUACGGAAGUGCUGAAGCCAGCUUGUGCCGCAGGUGUUAAGGGUAUUGGAGGGAACAUCAGUGGUAGAAACGUGUCUAAACCAGAUAGUUCUGAUGCUGGUCUAACUAAGGAGUCUGGAUUAACACUGGAAAUUCAACCUAGCGGCCAUGUGAUACUAGGAAAAAAGGGAAUCACGCUUAGUUGUAUAGCUGGUUCAAACGAGACUAUAUCUUGGUUGCACAAUGGAGUACCAGCACCUCCAUGUGGUCUUACUCGCUGUGUUCUUCUUUCCAAUGGCUCUCUUCACUUUUACAAGAAACAAAAUUUACAAAUGCAAAAGUUCAAAGAAAAGGAAAGGAGUAGUAUUGUUAAUGCUAGAAACCACAAUAAGGAUGAAUAUCGUUGUGUAACACGUACCAGUUUAGGAGGUUUGAUACGGUCAGCUCCUACAUUUAUUCAAAUAGCAGAGUUUGCACAUGCAUUUAAAGAAUCUCCAGAAAAUAUUACUGUUCAAGAAGGUGAAGUUACAAGAUUGUCUUGCUUGAUAGACAGUGUUCCUUUCCCACCCAAUAUUACGUGGCAGCAUAACGAAACAUUGUUAUCUUAUCAUAACGAAUCAAAGUAUUCUAUGAUACCACCAGGUGUUCUGUAUAUAAGUGCAACGAAACUGUCAGAUGCUGGCUCAUACAGAUGCAUAGUCACAAAUGAAUUUUUAAAAAAGACCAAAAAGAGCAGAGAAGCAAAACUAACAGUUAUUUCAAGAGCAGAUGGUAACAGAUCGCAUACUCCGUCAUCCUUGUUUCCGCAGACUUCAUACAAUCAUUGGCUACUCAAUGGAUCAAAUCUUAAUCUGGCAUGUGCUGCAUCCGGUUAUCCGUCACCACUCGUAACAUGGUCAUUUAUUCCUCGUUAUAUAGAUAAUGUUACACAACCUCGCAUCCUUUUUAAUUCUACUAAUGGCAUUGCUAUACUGCCAUUAACAAAUGUAAAUGUUUCCAAUGCUGGUAUCUACUCGUGUUCUUCAAAAAAUAUUAUCACCAAUGAUUUAGAAAUACAGAAUAUAACUGUAGACAUAUUGAUACCACCAUCAUUUAUAAAAACGCCGACGAACCAAAUCUGUCCAAAUGGAAGAACAGCGAGAUUUGAAUGUCAGGCGCAGGGAUCACCCGUACCUCAAAUUUAUUGGCUGAAAGACUCGUUGAAUAUUACUAUCAAUGGUCGCAGAACGACUUAUGUUAAGGAAUACAAUAAGAUAGAAUUAGCAAUAUCAGCGACAGUACCGUCUGACUCUGGCAUAUACCAAUGUGUGGCGGUAAAUUCAGCGGGUGAAAUUUGGGCCGCUGGUCGGCUACAAGUAAAUACGUCGCGCAAUAGUCCCGCCGCACCCACUUCUCUAAAAUGUCACGCUGUUUCACCAGUUAGAAUCUUAAUCUCGUGGGAACCACCAAAGUCUCUACCGUAUACCAGUAUUACAGCUUAUACCGUCCAUUAUAGUUCUGUAGAAGGUGGCAAGGAAGAAGUCUCUCCGCCAGAACCAGGAAAUUCUACAUCUGUAGAAGUAACAAAGCUUCUUGAACCGUUUACAAAUUACUCGUUCUAUGUACGAGUGUGGAAUAAUUAUGGUGCUAGCGAUCAAUCGGCUACCAUUCUGUGUUCCACAGCUCCAAGUGUUCCUAAAGCCGCACCAAAAAUGAAUGUGGAUAUAAUCAGUAGUACAAAACUAAAUGUAUCAUGGGAGCCUUUGAGUAAAAAGGAAUCUCGCGGCAUUGUAGUGGAAUAUAAACUACAGUGGAGACUCCACCAGCAUUCAUAUUCCAGAAUACUUUAUCUGCCUGCCACUAUUGAGUACUACAUACUUUUAGAUUUGAUACCCGGAGCACAAUAUGAUCUUCGAGUAUUGGCAAAAACAAAACAAGGCUGGCCAAAUAUUAGUGAGACACAAUUGAAAUGGAUUACUGUGACCAUGCCAUCUCCUGAAUCUAAUCAAUUUACUAUAAGGAAUAUUGUGGAUAUUCAAGUAUUAAUUGUAAACGCUUCGAUAAUUAAGAUGAAAUGGAAAAUUAAUUUCAAGCAAAAUGAUCAAAUUGAAUCAAAAUUUGAUUCCUGGCAAAUUUAUUGUGAAAAUCAAGAUGGCAAAAAAUUAGCUACUAUUCUUUUACCACAAAACAUUACUGAAUAUCUGUUUACUGAUCUUGAUAUGAAUAUUUCUUAUACCAUGGGUUUGUGCAUGGUGAGCUUGGGCGAAGCAACAGGUUGCUUGACAAAACAUAUAGAGACUGCACAAUCCAAUGCUAAUACCAUACAAAUGGCUUUGGAGGCUAUUCCUGUCUCACCCACGUCCAUAAAUGUAACAUGGACAUUAUCUGAUGUUCAUAGCAUAGAUUCAUUUGAACUUUGUUAUCAUGCAGUACAUGCGCUAAUUUCUGACAAUUCUGAAUGUUUUAUUAUAGAUGACACAAAAGUAAACGUUGACAAACUGAAACCUUUUACCUUAUAUCAGUUUAAAGUAAGAGCUAUUAGACACGACACGAAUCAAACCAGUCUCUAUAGUGAAUCUAUAGAGUGUUACACAAACGAAGAUGUUCCUGGUAAGGUCGAAGACGUACAAUGGUUCUUGGGUAACAAUACGAAGGUACGAAUCGCAUGGAAAGAACCGAGCAACGUGAACGGUAUCAUACAAAAUUAUUUCGUCGCGUAUACCAUGGACUUGAUGGCGACGUGGGGCAAUGUGACUGUGCCCGGUAAUAAAACGUCAACGACCCUACCGAGUUUAGCGCCGGGCAAACGGUAUUUUGUUAUGGUACAAGCAGCGACAAGAGCCGGUUAUGGGAAACUAUCGGACCCUAUCAUUAUUAUUACCGGCGGUAGUAGUAGUGGUGGAGGAGGUGGUGGUAGUAGUGUCAGUGGCGGUGGAGUGUCAAAAGUCCCCGAUCCGUCCGGCAAGGAGGAUAAGCCACCGCAAAACCCUAAGCCCGAUCAGAGUCUAGGUGUGAUUCUCGGAGUCAGCAUAAGCAUCGGGUUUAUCGCGAUAUGUCUAUGCAGUAUAUACUGCCGGAGAAAGUUCGAGAAUUCUCGCUCGUUGAGAAACGGUGCUCAACCUACAAAUGGGCGUGUACUAUCGCGAAACGGAAACGGAUGUUGCGCGGAGCAGUCCUCCACUUCCGUAAAUCAACAAGCGAAUGCUACCAGUGCCUCGAACGAGAUUGAAUUGGCUGUGCUAUGCCCAUCAUCUCCGCUCGAAACGAAUCCGCAUUCCGAUGCAAAGGGUGCACAAUCUAAUGGCGUUUUUGAAAUUUGUGCAAAGGAACCCUUAUUAUCGCCAUGGGAGGUAAAUGGAGGCUCGAAAGAUGUUCAUAUUAUGGAAAACCCUCAGUACAAAAGAAGAGGCAGUUCCGCCUCGAAUAAUCAACAAGAAGAGGAGGAGGAACAAGAUUUGGAAGGCACGCAGCUCACAAUGGUCAAUUGUACUUUAGGCAGUAGCACUAGCAGUUUAAAUAACAAUUCAGGAUGUCCGGACGGAGAGACUUCAUCAUCGUCAAAAGCCCCGUGCGCAUCUGUUCCGGCGCUCGGACCAAACGGGUGAAAAUGCGUUAGGCAAAACACUCAGGUGUUCAAUGCUUCGCACCGGUAUCGAGGUAUGCAGUAAGUAGGAAUACCUAUUCUCCUGUUUCCUCCUCCCUUAUGGUUGACACGUCAAUCGUUCCGAAUCAAUAUUGCGAGAAAACAGAAAAAAUGAAUUUUUCCGCGAAAGCAAUGCAAAACUACAACAACCUGGUAAAGUUCGACGCGACUUAUGUUGUGCAAGUAAGAGUAUUGUCUGACACGCGAUCAAUGUAAAAAUUCGUGUCCGAUUUUAAGACGUUAAUCGGGCGAUGUGUGACUCGCGGACUGGCAGUCGCCAGAGCCCCAGUUCUUGCUUGAGCCCCGCCCUCCCAUAUGCCUCUUAGGAGGUUUUCCGAAGAUUGAAAUUUCUCAGCAUAAGAGUAAAGAUGCACAUAGGAACGUAAAUAUUCUAACCAGUUGAUGGCUGUAUGAUGGAUACGUCGGAGCCAACCCAAACACAAAAAUUCAAUUCAAAGCGUUAGUCGCCAUGUCGUAUAAAUACAUAUGAACAAGAUACAUUUAUUGCGCGCAGAGAAUAAAGCAAAUGUCUGCGUAAGCAAUACAAUUUCCAACAAAAGCAAUACGAUUCUCAAAUUCAUUGCUUUGCAUUGUUGCAGUGCAUUGAUCGUGUAGACGAUACUUGAAAUGUUUGCCGGACUCGUUUGUGUGUGUGUACACAGAUUGAUUCAAAAUACCAUUGAAGGAUUGAUAGAGGGUGUAACAAAUUACAUAUUUUUGAAAAUAAUUAACGGGUUUGCGCGAAAAUAAUUACAAAACUAAACUAAAGCUAAUUAAUAGAAGGAUUAAUUGAUAACAUCUCUUGAUACUUUUCUUUUAAUUACUCGUAAUAUAUGCGUUGUGUGAAUAGGAACAUAUUUUAAUCAAUAUAUAAUAUUUCUGCACAAGUUUUAAAAAAAAAUGCUUAAUUUGUUAUUUUUUAUCAAUUUUCAAAUUUUGAAUAAUUCUGUGUGUGAAAUUAAAUAAACAUGUCAACAUUAAGAGAUGCGCGAACAAAAUUAAUUGGAAUGAAAUAGUAAGUUUCCAAAUGCCUCUGUACAUAGGAUAGAAUAAUUGUUAAUUGUGAAUAUGUUCAUAAAAAAUAUCACACUUUGAAUGCUGGUAUAGUAGAAAGAUAUACGGACGUGCAUUCCUUCGCGUUUGGGAACAUAAAAUUGCUAAAUAUGCCGGGCAAAGCAUGGCCUAAACUCAGUUGACGAAUUUUCGUUCUGACAACAGUUUCGAAUUGACGAUCGCUUAAAAUGGGAAAGCGCAGAGACACUGAUCAUUCCAAAAUAAGUUUUCCAUAUUUAAUUGUAAACAAGAGGAAAAAACAUUUAGUAUUAAGAAGACAGGGAAAGGCUCUAACCAGAUGCUACGCGUUUUUAGAAAUGUUAAGAAAAUUUUUUAUUUCGUGUUUUUUUUCUUUUCUUUUCUUUCUUUUUAUUUUAAUAUACCAUAUGUGUGUCAUUAAGAUGUCAUUUCUACAUAAAAAAAAAGCAAACAUUGAUUUCUUUAAGAAAUCAGAAUUAAAUUUUUUUCACAUUUGGAGUUAGUGUGCAUAGCGAAUGAAAAAUAAUUUUUGUCGAGUGUAGCUUCCUAAAAUAUUCAACGUAAGUUUGUAUUUUAGUUUAAAAUGGACUAUUGAUAUGUCAUACUUUAAAUUAAAGAAGGAUCCUAUGAAUGGGAAGAAUAUUUGGAAAGAUAAUUGUGCUCAGAAUUAUAAUAACUCAAAUUAUAAUAGCACGUAAAGGAAAUAGAGGUCAUCUCAUUUUUCACUUACUUCAUUUACUUCUAUAAGAGAUCUUAAAGACUGUAUGUAUUAAUAGACGCGAUAUUUUUAUAAUUAACGGAGAUUAUUCCUCAGAAUAAUUUACGUAAGAUUUUUACAUAUUUCUUGGGCUUCUUUCCGUUCAUAAGAUUAAUAUCGUUUUUAAAACGAUUAGGUAAUCGAUACGAUUAAACGUCAACAUUCUGUUGUACAAUAUUUAGCGUAUUAGCUGGUAUAAAGCAGUUCUGUGUAUUACACAAAAAAGCAAGAAGCAGCAUUUUGAGACUAACAUACAAGACACAUAUUCCAGACUGGUGCAUGUUACCAUGACAGAAAAACCCAACACAGUACCUGAUAGAGAAUAAGCUAUAUCUUUUAGAGUGAGACGUAGAAAUGUCAAUGUUAUUACUGUACCUCCACUAAUUGUUAUUUAUUGCAUUUUACAUUCAGUAUAUUAUAUACUUUAGAUGAACACAUUACACCCUGAAUCAUGCAAUAAUAUAGUCACCAUGAGCACAGUAUGAAAACAAAUAACGCUAGGAUUAAUUCGAUCUGCACAUAUAUUAAAAAAAAAGCUAUAUCGUAUCUUCAUUCCAUAGAAUAUUAUACCGCAUUUUCAUAACAGAGUCUGUUAGAAGUCUAAUAUAUAUAUAUAUAUGGAAAGUGUUCCGCGAAAAUAUAGUUUCAUUUUUUACUUGGAAGAAAAGAAAAGAUACCAUUGUUACUGCAGAUACUUCAUGUUUAAUGGAUAUAUUUAGUUAAUAACUGUGCACCAUGAUUUACUUAUUCUCCGUUUAUUGGACCCCGCAAAUCAUUACAAUAGUUCUAUAUUUACAGAUCGCAUACAGUUCUACAGAAAUAGAAAGAAUCGUUUUAUUUACACACAUGAAUACAUGGAACUUGUUAUAUGUAUUAUAAAUAUAAUUGAGAAUCUCACAGAUCGCAUAUAUAUAUGAUAUUGAAUUUAUAUAUUCUUAAAUAGUUCUUGCGCAGCAACUUUAUUUGUUGCGAAUGCGCGCGUUUGCACAUUUUCAAUGUGUCUGGCUUACGAUUUUAUUUAAUUAAUGUUUUGCGUUUGUUAUCAUAUAUAUAUAUAAUGUAAUACGCCUGUUACAUUUUAUAUUAUUUCCAUAUUUGUUGAGGGUAUAUACAUUCAUAUGCUUUUUCAUGUACUUUUUGUAUUUGUUGAUGGUAUAUUUUAGCAAAUGGAUCUUAUAAAGCGUUGAUGACAGCUGGUGUAUAAUGGCGAGAAAAAAUCAGGAUGCUAAAUCGAUUGUUCCUUAGUUCAUUACAUAUUGUUAAUAUUACGCAUCGCACACACAAAGGUAUAUUCUCGUGGUAUUACACUCUUAUGUUCUAAAAGAUGUAUAUCUGCAGCUUACACUUUAAAGAAUAAUUUUUUGAGAACUACCAAUAUUAUCACAAAAAGAAAGAAAAAAAGAAUAGAAAUUUGAGAUAUUUGAAUAUCAAAAAGAGAUUUUUAACUUUAAGAAAGGUAUGACGCGUUGAGUGAAAUACAAGCGGCAGAAAGUAUGUAGUAAUAAAUAAUAAUGCUUUUCGCGCUAUUUUUUACUUCCUCUUGUGUUUUAGAUAUACGAUUGGCAGAGUUGUAUAUGAGUUGAGUGAAAGAGAAUGGGUUUACGCUUAUCAAAACUGUCCCCAUCCAUCUUUUUACAUUUAAGUAGCGUAAUAUACUUUUAUACAUUUCUAGUUGUAACACACGUUACUUCGGUUACACAUUUCUGCUGCUAUAUUCCUGAUUUUAUAUCGCUAUAUUAUAUAUCGCGUAUCAUGUAGAAAACACCGUGCAGAAAAGUAAUCGCAACGCCAACAAUAGCAAUCAGUAAUUUAAUCCAAACACUCCGUACAUACCAUAGUGCUCUUGAAAUAAUUUCAUGGAUGUGAUAAGUUUUAGGUGUCGUAAACAAUUGAGAGAGACUAUAGAGUCGCCGUGCGGAGAGAUAAUCGCGUCAACUAUGCAAAGUGUCUCGCAUAAUGUGUUAUAGGUCGUUUUUUCCGAUGAUGAUACAAUCAGAUAACACUCUACGUGACACAUUCUGUAUAUGUCUCAUAAAAUCCGUGAAGAUAAUAUUAUUAUCUUAGUAUAUACAAAAGCAAUAAGCAUCUCUCAUCGUAUAUAGCGUUCUUCGUAUUAAUACAGAUGUCAAAAAUGACACACACACACAUACACAUAAUAUCAUAGAUUUAUAAUCUAUUUAUUACUGUAUCUAAAUAUUUCGCGUAUUCAUUGAUCAUUAAUUACUAUAAUAAUAUUAACGGCUUGGAGAUGACACAUGGAUCAACAUAUUGUGGAUCUCUUAACAGUCAAUUUUUAUUUACGCAUUACUCUUUUACUACCUUAAUUUAGAAAUAAUAUACAAUAUACAGGCAGCCAAAGAGAGAGAAGAACAUUUCUUUUUCAUCAUCUUUUAAAUCUCCCUCAUAUCAAUGAGAUCGGUGCAAGAUUAUUUCAUAUGCAUACAUUCCUUCUACGCAGAGUACGAUAUAAUUCAUCACAGACGAACUGUAGUGUUGAAUACACAGUAGCAAGUAUUGAUUAUAUUGUACGGCGGCUCUAGUCGAACGAAUAUACCUCCGUAAUUGUCACUCUCUCAGCACAGAGAGUGAUUUACAUUACUUAAUUUUAACUUAACUUCGGUACCUAUUAGACACUAUUGUUUACAUUUAUGCACAGUUUACCUCAAAGAAUAUAUUUUCUCGCCCGGUGACAUAUGCACAUAUACAAUAUAUAUAUUUAUGUAUAAAUACAUAUAUAUAUAUAUAUAUAAAUAUAUAUGUGUAUAUAAUGUAUAUUAGCUGUAGAAUAAACAAUAUAUGUAUGUAUAAUUGCCAAGACAUAUACUUUACACACUUUAUUUUACACAUAAUAUAUACAAAAAGAGAAGAGAGAAUUCAGCAAAAAUUUAUUCAUUUUUACUAUUAUCGUUAAUUAUAAUUUUAUAUAUAUAAAAUAAGAAGACUAUUAACUUAUUUUCUGUAAACCCUCAUUUCACCCUCUUCUUUUUUUAAAUUAGAUAUAUUAUUUUAAUAUAUGCGCGAUUACAUAUUCUUUAGGGUGCAGUUACUUUGUACAUACGUUUUAUCUGCGAUUUGUAUAUAUAUUAUAUGUAUUACCUGCAAAGAACAUUAUAUAGAAUAUAUAUUUUAAUAUAUUACGUAUAAAAAAAUGAAAAACUACAUGAAACUAUAAUCUUAUUGUUUGAAGUAUUAAGACUAAAUAUACGAAAUAUUUAAUAAUAUUGUUGACCCUUCUUGAACACGUCGUCUUGUUGUAACCACUGAUUCAAUAAAAUUAAGACAGUGUAUAAAUGCA